CAAAAAUCAAGCGCACCGUAGUCGGGAACACGUCACUCACCGGAGACCUGCCACAUACUCGCUGAACACUAGCCAGCGGUUAGCAUCUGCCUGCGCAGACAUGUCUGUUUUUCCAGAGAAGAGGGGACUUUCACAUUUUUAUUAGUUAUGAUGGCACAUGAAGUAAACGGGAUGGAGCCGUGGAACAAGCCAAAGCUCCCAUCUUCAGCUGACUGAUUCUUGAUUCACAAAUCAAGCACACCAACAAGUAGAAGACAAUCUGCACCAUGGGAAGGAUCAGCUUUUCGUGCCUUUUCCCAGCCCCAUGGCAUUUCAGCCUGUCAUCCCAGGUUCUUCCUCGGCUCCUCGUACCUUCCCUCAGACAGCUGCUCUUCAUUGGCCUGGUGCUCUGCCUCAUAGGACUGCUUUACCUGCUGCUUGUCACUGGAAAGGGGCACGCCAGCUGGACUAGAGAGGAAAAUCACUUCCACAGACACUUGGCAAGGGUGACUGAUGUGGACGCAACAGAUACAAGCAACCCCAACCUGAACUAUGGCCUGGUGGUGGACUGUGGCAGCAGCGGCUCCAGGGUGUUUGUUUACUGCUGGCCCCGGCACAAUGGUAAUCCCCAUGAACUGCUGGACAUUCGUCAAAUGAGAGAUCAACACCGUAAGCCGGUCGUCAUGAAGAUUAAACCAGGUAUCUCCGAAUUGGCUAAAACACCUGAAAAAGCCAGCGAUUAUAUCUAUCCACUGUUGAGCUUUGCAGCCCAACACAUCCCCAAAAAUAAGCACCAAGAAACACCCUUGUACAUCCUGUGCACAGCUGGAAUGCGAAUCCUUCCUGAAAGUCAACAAGAAGCACUUCUUGAGGAUCUGCGAACAGACAUCCCAGUCCACUUUAAUUUCCUCUUCUCUGAUUCCCAUGUGGAAGUGAUCUCUGGAAAACAGGAAGGUGUCUAUGCAUGGAUUGGGAUAAACUUUGUCCUCGGAAGGUUUAACCAUGUGCACAAUGAUGGCGAAGCUGUAGUGGAGGUAAAUGUCCCAGGCAGUGAUCAGCAGGAGGCGCUGGUGAGGAAAAGAACUGCUGGUGUCCUGGACAUGGGCGGGGUCUCCACACAGAUCGCAUACGAAGUGCCCAAAACUGUAAGCUUUGCUUCUCCACAGCAGGAGGAAGUCGCCAAGAACUUACUCGCCGAGUUCAACUUGGGAUGUGACGCACAUCGCACAGAGCACGUUUAUCGUGUUUAUGUUUCCACCUUCCUGGGAUUUGGAGGAAAUGCAGCACGCCAAAGAUACGAGGAGAGCAUCAUCAGAAAUACUGCCACUCGAAACAAGCUCUUAGGUCAGCACAAUGGUGAGACAGCAGACUCUCCGCUCCUGGACCCUUGUCUGCCUGCAGACCUGCAGGACGAAAUUGGUUCAUCUGCACAGAAGCUGUAUCUGCGAGGCACAGGAGACUUUGACCAGUGUAGACAGAUUCUCCAGCCGUACCUCAACCGCACCAAUGAGACCCUGACCUCCCUCAGUGGCAUCUACCAGCCAGCCAUCGACUACAGCAACAGUCAGUUCUACGGCUUCUCUGAGUUCUACUACUGCACGGAGGAUGUGCUGCGCAUGGGCGGGGAUUAUAACGCUUCCAAAUAUGCCCAGGCUGCCAAGAGCUACUGUUCGACCCAGUGGAAGACUCUGAGGGAACGCUUUGACUCUGGCUUGUAUGCUUCACAUGCUGAUCUCCACAGACUGAAGUACCAGUGUUUUAAAUCAGCAUGGAUGUAUGAAGUGUUGCACUCAGGCUUCUCUUUCCCAGCCAACUAUAAAAACCUGAAGACUGCCCUACUGGUCUAUGAUAAGGAGGUCCAGUGGACUCUUGGGGCUAUUCUCUACAGAACACGGUUUCUGCCUUUGAGGGACAUCCAGCAGGAAAGUCUUAAAGGAGUGCACUCCCACUGGCGGCACAGCUUCUCUUUUGUAAACAACCACUACUUAUUCCUGGCUUGUUUCUUCAUUGUGUUGUUGUCUAUUAUGCUGUACUUACUGCGACUCCGCCGCAUCCAUCGGCUCACAGCGCAGCGCUGCAGUCCUUCAUCUGUAGCGUGGUUGGAAGACGGCCUCGGCUCCCCCACACUCCCUAUCAACCUCUAAAGUUUCUAGAGCGUAAAGUCUUGACAUCAUGUCUGGCUUUCCAAAGCAGAUCUCUUUUUUUUUCUCUCUCUCUCUCUCUCUCUCUCUCUCUCUCUCUCUCUCUCUCUCUGAGGCCAUCUGCUUGUUCAGUGAGCUUUUGAAGUGUGCGACCCUGAAAACCUUUCUGUGAGUUGAAACAGAGAUGGUGGUGAGAGUUGGACUAACGAUGAAGAUCUUAUGUGAGUCCUCAGGCUUACCUGAGCCAUGGAAAUAUUUGUGAUUAAGUUAUUUUGUCUAAUAAUGACAUGUCUUUUUUUAGAAUCCACAUUUUGCCUGUUCAUGCCUCCAGAUGUCUUCUAUUUAUUUCUAAAAAAAAAGAAGAAAAAAAAAAAAAAAAGACAAACACAGCGGUACUUUGAUUGCUAGCAAUUUUCCCAUACCCAAAAUAAUUUUACUUUGAAUUUUACAAAGUUGGACAUAUUGGGACUUUUGCCUUUCUUUAUGCCUUUUCUGUUUAUGAUCACAUCUUUUUGUUUGUUUUUAUAGUUGUUAAAUGGUACAAGCACUCGUAAUUUCUACAGGAACCUCAAAUGCAAUAUGAUUUAUAAUUAGUGGAAGGAGCACUUUGUAAUGCAGUUGAGAUGUACAUCCAAGCUGAAAUGGUUUCUUUUUUUGUGUGUGUGUGUCUUUCCCAGAUUGUUCUGCCUCAACAAGACAAGUAGCCUUUAAUAGCUAUACUAGUGCAAUACAUGUCUUGUCACUGUUGGGGAAACUCUCCAAAACACAUCCUUUCUUUUGUCGAGAGUAUCAGUCUCUCUUAACGCCCUGCUGAAAUCCUUAUGUUGGGUCGUCUGACUUUGAAGUUGGAUACCGUUGCGUAUAUUUACGUUGGGCUUCAUUUUCAGAAGCUGUCAUAUCACUGCUGUGAGGGGAUUGCAAAUGAGAGCACAUGCCCCAUUAUUUAUAUGAAAAUGGUCUAUAGUGAAAUGUUUGCACAGGUGAAUGCAAAGUAAGUGUUGUCACAUUGCAAUUCAGUAAUAAAGGUUUUAUGGUA